GGCUGUCACUUUGAGCAGCUUCGAGGUUGGCAUAGUGGUUCUCGGCGAGAAACAUCUGUACUGUCUAAAGGACAAUUGUACGUCGGUCAAGUACGCCAAGAGGCUGGAAUACAAGCCGCUCUGCUUUCGAGCUUACGUUAUCGGUAAUUAGCUGGAUGGUUGAGGUCGGUUCGUGCGUUAUCGGUUCAAUGGAAAACACAGACGCACUGAUCCACCUCACGAUGCUUUCAGAACCGGACGGGAAGUUGAUGGUGCUCGUAAUCGCCGACACAAGCACUCUCAUGAUUUACGAGGGUAGCACGUUGAAAUGGUCGGCCCAACUGCCUUUCGCGCCGGUUGCCGUUGCCAGAGUUCAAUUAGAGCACCUGCAGGGCGUGAUCGUAGUCUUGUCAGCCGAUGGUCGACUGGAAGCCUGCUACUUAGGUUCGGAGCCGAGUUUAUUCGUCGCACCGCCGCUUCAUCCACGGGGUUACGAUUACACCGCAGCGGAACAGGAGUUGGCGGAACUGCGAGCUCUCUCGAGGAAGAGCAAGGAUUCCGAGGAUCGCACCAGCGACGCAGGAAUGGACGCGGAGCUCAUAGUAUCGAUAAACGUGUCGCUGGAUUCGAAUUCGUCGGAUCAUCGUUCAGACAGCGAGGUGGAGGCGCAGCUACAACCGAUCUGCAACGUCACCGUAGAGUUGUCGUCGUACGCGGUCCUCAGCGACGUCCAGGUCUGCGUCGACGUAUCCAAACCUCUGGUCGUCGCUGACGAUUUCUACGCUCUUCCGAAUCUCUGCGAGCGACACGCGACGAAGACCCGGGUGUACGUGGACGGGGAUUUGCCGGCGAUCUCUUCGGAAAUUAGAGCGACCGUGACUUACCGAACGGACGCAGGUGCCUUAAGAUCGGUGCGAAGAACCAGCCAAUUGCCCCUGAAGACGAUGUUGAGAAGCUGCCCGCCUGAAAGCUCGGCCUCCUUCGUCACCGUGAUCAAGAGCGGCGCUCCUUCGCUCACCUUCACCCAGCUGUUCCCCGAAUUCAGCGCGGAUCAGUCGCAAAGACAAGGGUGGAACGCUCUGGGUUUGCGGCACCUGAAUUCUGGCUACACGGUCACCGUCGUUUCCGGCAAUGUCGGAAAUCGAUAUCGGGUACAGUCCAACGACGGGUUGUCGUCGACCUUGGUCGUUUCUCGACUGAUCGACAGAUCGAGGAGCAAAAAGGAGGAAAGUGUCGGGACGACCAUAGGACAAAAUCAUAUUCGGUUGGUGCAUCAACGGAUAGACGAUCAUUUUGCCGCGCGACAAAAGAUUAACGGAAUAACGAACGAGAUAGGUCUGCUGACGAGUCAGCUGAGAAAUGUGGAAAGAAAAAUGCUGCGAGCCGUGAGAGAAAGAAACGAGCGAUCUCUGCCCGAUACCGGAUUGCCGUUCCUCUUCGAUUCCACUUGUGACGCGAUCUUCGCGCUUCUCGAGCAACUCGCGCAAGCGCGAGCGGAACGAGAACGGGCCGGCCACGAGCUUCGAUGCAGCGUCGAGUUGUUAUUGUUGCUGGUACGAUCGAACGCGACCAACGAUAAAUACGAAGCGCUGCGGGCAGCGAUCGGAUUCGAACCACGUCCGUGCGAUCGUUUCGACUGGGAAGAAAUCGCCGACGCGGCUCUGGCCGCUCUGCUGAAGUCCGUUUUGAAAAAGUCUGGAAGCUCGGAGACGCGGCCGUCGUCGACGUGGAACGCGCUCACACCCAUCGCGUCCAACAAGGAAGUGAACAAGUUGAAGACGCGGCUGGUUCAGGCGAUUCGACGACUCGAAGGCUCCAGGGAAUCCGACAUCGCGGAGAUCGAGCCGAACGACGGCAACGUCGAGUCCGCUUAGUAGCUCUCCUCCUGCUUAUUUUCGUUC